AUGGCCGAUUCCCUUACCGAAGAGCAGGUCUCCGAGUUCAAGGAGGCCUUCUCCCUAUUUGUAAGACAAAUCACAACAAAGGAGCUCGGCACCGUCAUGCGAUCACUAGGCCAGAACCCCUCCGAGUCUGAGCUUCAGGACAUGAUCAACGAGGUCGAUGCCGACAACAACGGAACUAUCGACUUCCCUGAGUUCUUGACCAUGAUGGCCCGCAAGAUGAAGGACACCGACUCUGAGGAGGAGAUCCGAGAAGCAUUCAAGGUUUUCGACCGCGACAACAACGGUUUCAUCUCGGCGGCUGAACUUCGUCACGUCAUGACGUCGAUUGGAGAGAAGCUCACUGAUGAGGAGGUUGAUGAAAUGAUUCGCGAGGCCGACCAGGAUGGUGAUGGCCGUAUCGAUUACAACGAGUUUGUCCAGCUCAUGAUGCAAAAGUAA